GUCGUCACACAUUUUAAUGGUGGGUGAGACCGGAAGUAAACAUCAUGUGACGUUGAAAAUCAGCUGAUCCAGUGUAGACAUCUUUAAUCACGACUACAACGGUUAAUUCAUACAUUCCUGGCUGUAUUUCUCUGGAAACAAGAUCCUAGACUGGUGCAACCAUGGCGCUCAGCGAUGCCGACGUUCAGAAGCAGAUCAAACACAUGAUGGCCUUCAUUGAGCAGGAGGCCAAUGAGAAGGCAGAGGAAAUUGAUGCCAAGGCGGAAGAGGAGUUCAACAUCGAGAAGGGCCGUCUGGUGCAGACCCAGAGGUUGAAGAUCAUGGAGUAUUACGAGAAGAAAGAGAAGCAAAUCGAGCAGCAGAAGAAAAUUCAAAUGUCUAACCUGAUGAACCAGGCUCGUCUGAAGGUGUUAAAGGCUCGCGACGACAUGAUUUCAGAAAUGUUGAGCGAGGCGCGUCAACGGCUGGCCAACGUAGCCAAGGACCCAGCCAGGUACCCAGCACUGAUGGACGGGCUGGUUCUGCAGGGUUUCUAUCAGCUUCUUGAGACCAAAGUGACCAUCCGCUGUCGUAAACAGGACCUGCAGGUGCUUCAGGCGGCUAUCCAGAAGACCAUUCCCGUCUAUAAAGCAGCAGUGAAGAACAAUAUUGAGGUUCGCAUCGACCAGGACAACUUCCUGUCCCCAGACAUUUCUGGAGGUAUUGAAAUCUACAACGCUGAUGGGAAGAUCAAGGUGUCCAAUACCCUAGAGAGCAGACUGGACCUCAUGGCUCAGCAGAUGAUGCCUGAGAUUCGAGUGGCUCUCUUUGGUCAGAACCAGAACCGCAAAUUUUUGGACUGAGUGUCUCCAUCCAUUGUCUUGAAGAGGAGUUAUUUAUUUUUGUUGUGUGACAGUUACCAUUCCUGUGUCUGUGAGAAGUAUUCCAAAAACGCAGUUAAAAUGGAAAAGACACCAUUUGUUGUUUUGUCAUGUAUUGUUGUAUUUCUGUGCAUCUUGGAACAGUAUAAAAGUUGAACUUCAUUGCAGAUGUGAGUAGGAGGAGCAACUUUUGCACAGUGGCAAUGGAUCUGCUGCUCCCCCUGGGAAUCUUGGUUUACACACCGCAGUCAUCUUUAUUAUGAUUGGCUGGACAGUAAUCAUUUCAGUCUGAUUGGAUCAGGCUGCAUGAGAGAAAUGGAGUAACACAGUAUGACUCAUAAUUCCCAUAAAACCUAGCAGUCAAACAAGGAAAUGGUUCCAAUCGUUUUUUCAUCAUACAUUUUUCCCAUAGGUGAUUUUAGAAACACUUAAAAUAAGGGCUGUGUUUUGUGUAGGCUUACCAAAAAAUGUACCGCUAAUGUGGCUAUAAUAAAGAACUACAAAUGCGGGAUGAGACUGCCGAAUCGAGGCAAAGGUAAGAAUAUCUAUCAUUUUCGGAUAUGAGAGUAAAUAGAGCUGAAUAAGUCACCUUGUCCUAGAGAUUUACAUGGUUAUCAAAACGUCACCCAAUGGUAAGCCUACACAAAACACAGCCCUUAUUGUAAGUGUUUCUAAAAUUACCUAAGGGGAAAAAUUAUGGUGGGAAAAUUAUUGGAACCAUUUCAUUGUUUGACUGCUAGGUUUUAUGGGUAUUAUGACACCUCCACUGUGGGGCUCUAUUGUAGCUGAUGCAUCUUUUAUCGGUUCCUUAUUUAAUCUAAUAACAUCUUCCUCUCAUGAAAAAAUAUAAUAAAAAAUUGCAUGGAGCAUUGACUCACCCAUAGGUAUUUGCUCCCAUCUAUCACAAUUAAAAUGUAGUGAUGCCGGAAAAACAUUGAAGACCAACAAUUUCCUUAUCGAAUCCAAUUAAUUUAUUGAUGUUAUGUCUUUGCUGUUGUAUCAUGAAACAGAAGGAAGGGUCAAUAUUUCCAACUGAAGAGGUUAUUGUGAAAAUAUGUUAUAAAGUAUAAAUCGAUAGUA